AUGGAAAACAAAGAUGAGGAAAAGACAACAGAUUUCGCCUUCGAUAGGGAGAGAUUUGUACUCUACAAGAACGACGAUAUUCUCGAAGACUACGAUGUCAGUGACACCUUGUUAGGAAAGGGAGCUUUUGGAUCAGUACUCAAAGGAAUUCAUAAAUCCACAGGCCAAGAGAGAGCCUUAAAGUACAUCCCGAGAUCAGUCAUUACGAGGAAAAUCGAGAGAUUUGUAAAUGAAGUCUCGGCUUUAAAAUAAGCUUGACCAUCCAAAUGUGAUCAGACUCUAUGAGGUGUACGAAGUAGAGACAGAUGUUGUCUUAGUGCAAGAAUUGUGUAAAGGAGGAGAACUUAUGCAAAGAUUUGAGACUUAUGAUGUCCUAAAUGAGCACAAGAUUGCUACAGUAUUUAAGCAGAUUUUGCUUUCUAUUGAAUAUAUCCAUCAAAACCAGAUAGCACAUAGAGAUCUUAAACCUGAAAACUUCAUGUUCACUUCAGAAGGAGAUGACGCAAAAGUAAAGCUAAUAGAUUUCGGGUUGGCAACUCGCCCUGAAAAGCAUGAAAAAGGAGGAAAAUCUGAAGUUCAUGGAAUUAAAUCAAGAGUUGGCACUAUUAUGUUUAUGGCUCCUGAAGUAAUCAGACAAGACUACAAUUAUAAAUGUGACUUGUGGUCAGCUGGAGUGAUACUCUAUAUCCUAGUCAGUGGAUAUCCACCAUUCUACGGGGACAGCGAAUAUGACACAGUUAAUAAGAUUUUAGAUUACGAUUUUGGAUUCGACCAAGAUGUCUGGAAUGUGGUUACCCCAGAACUAAAAGAUCUCAUAAACCAUCUCCUCUGUGCUGAGAGCGAAAGAUAUAAUGCCGAAGAAGCACUUGAGCAUGACUGGUUCAAAAAGCAUGAGACAAAUGAUGAAAGUUUAUCCAAAGAGAUUCCCCAUUGCAUCAAGCAAAUCAAAAAGUUCACUACUUUCAAUAGAUUAAAGAAGAUCUUGCUUACAUAUUUCUGCACAAGAAUGCAAAACUCCAAAGUUGUGGAGGCUGCGGAUAUGUUCAAAUUCCUAGAUAAAAACAACAAGGGUGUUCUGACUGUUGAAGAUUUGAAAACACCAUUCACCAUGGAUAGUACAGAUCUCAGAGAGUUGUUCCAGAAUAUGGAUACUGACAAAAAUCAAAAAAUUGAUUAUACAGAGUGGCUAGCAGCAGCAAAGAACUGGUCUGCUGUAAUUACACCAGAGAUGAUCAAAGAUGCGUUCGAAGUUUUUGAUAUAAAUGCUGAUGGCUGCAUUGAUUACAAAGACCUCAGAGAAGUGUUGACAAAUGAUGAAGACGACACAGGAGUGAGUAAAGUAUGGAAGACUAUCAUUGACGAGGCUGAUACUGCCGGAGAAGGAAAAAUUAGAAUCGAAGAUUUCAUGAAGAUGUUCGAGAGCAAACUUAAUCUUGAAUAA